AUGACAGUGUUUGCCAGUGUGAAACAAUUUUGUCAUACCGUGGAAAUGCCAUCUUCUCUCACAAAUUCCCUAUACUUCGUGUUUUUCCCAUUUUUCGCACUAGUCGUUGUUUUAUAUGGACUGUUUUAUUCUAUAACAAUAUAUCGAGAACUGAAUGACCUAUCUGUGAUAGUGAGAAAAAAUGUAGCUGAGUUUACGGUUACUACGAACAUUGCCUGGGACCAAAUUAUGGAGGUCAGUGAAGAACAUUUUUCAAGCAUCAGGAAGAGAAGUGUCACAAAAAAGUCGGUUUUCAUAGAAAGGAUCUUUAGAAACACACUCCAAUCAAAUUUACCGCCCUGGUGCGUUUGUGAACCUCUUGUUCCAAGAUGUCCACCAGGCCCACCAGGACCUCCUGGGUGUAGAGGAGACGUUGGAAUGCCAGGACAGCCAGGACGACGUGGAAUCAACAACUUUGAAACGCUUCCCGCCAAGAAAUGCGUUUUCAGAGAACGCUUAGCCUGUAUAAUGUGUCCAAGAGGGCCUCCAGGACGGAGAGGAAUAAUGGGGCUGGAAGGAGAAAAGGGGUUGCCUGGAAAACGAGGACUGCCCGGAUCUAUACUAGGAACCAUCAAAAUAUUGCGUGGCUUACCAGGAGAACCAGGAGAACCAGGAAGACCAGGAGAACCUGGAACGCCUGGGGAAGACGGAAAGGAUGGUAGAAAUGGAUACAAAUUGAAACCGGAACGAAUUUUCCCCGGACCACCAGGACCAACAGGUCCCAGAGGUCCACCCGGAAGACAAGGACUACCCGGAGACAAUGGAUUACCAGGUCCUAUGGGACCUCCGGGCUUCCGAGGCGAGAACGGACGGAGAGGACGUCCAGGAGAGCCUGGAAGACCUGGUAGACACGGAAGACCGGGUGGAGAUUCUUCAUACUGUCCGUGUCCGGCGCGAUCUAUGACUAUCCGUGAUUUUAAGAAGGUUUAA